CUGCGAGCGGCGACCAAUAUAAGCAGACAGACGAUGAGGGAAUUCAAUUGCAAUUCGUGUAAUUGAAUACCCAAUUCAUGAAAUAAAAGAACGCAUUCCCUUUCGUCGCUGAUACACCAGGUGUUUUAUCCAAGGAGCUUUCUUCUGUGGCAUUAGCAUUCUUCUGUGGAGUGUUCAUCUGUGGAGUGUUCUUCGGUGGAGCAUUCUUCUGUGGAGCAUUCUUCUUAUGUAAUAGGUUUCAGAGGCGGCAGCCAAGAUUACUCCAACAAACUCCAACAAACCCCAAGACUAUUCCAAGGAACCCAAAGACUACUCCAAUAAACUCCAAGAAAACCAAUCACUACUUCAAGAAACCCAGAUUGUGUGUGUUUCCAUGUGUCCAUGGAGAAGGAAAAGGAAACAGAGCCAGCGGACGGAGUAAGGUGUUGCUGCCAUUGUCAUCAGAUAAACACACAAGGGCAGAAGAAGAAGGACCAGGAAAUGAAUACCUUGCCCUGUCAGUGGCAGCAGGAUUCAUUCUCUCUCCAACCAUUCACACCUUAGACUUAGAGGAGCUGUCCUGGUUAUAAACUACCUGCUCAGAGCAUAAACCCUGGGACCCUACCUUCGGUUCUAAAGUGAAAUAACUUAUCCCCCCGCACACACACACACACACACACACACACACACACACACACACACACACACACACACACACACACACACACACACACACACACACACACACACACACACACACACACACACCCAGUCAGGAUGAAGCUGAAAGAGGACCUGAACCCAGUGCUGCUGCUGCUCUUCCAGGUGACGGUGUGGCUGUACUCUGUCCUAGCCUUCAUCCCCUCCUACCUCUUCAGCUCUGUGUCAGAAUCAGAUGCAGGCCUCGGCUCAGAACAGGAGCGGGCUCAGAGACUCAAGGCUCAGUCUGUGACGGGUCGCCCCGCGGGGCCCUACAGGGCCAUGGGCGCCACCAAGAGGCUGGUGUCGUCCCUGCACCCCGGGGUAGACACACUGGAUAAGGUGUUUGAGGAUGCAUCCAGAAGGUUCCCUGACAGAGACUGCCUGGGCACCAGAGAGGUGGUCAUGGAGGAGGAUGAGAGACAGAACAACGGAAAGGUCUUCAAGAAGGUGAUCCUGGGGCAGUACCGCUGGCUGUCCUAUGCUGAGACCCACAAGGCAGCAGCACACUUUGGCAGUGGUCUUGCAGCUCUGGGCCAGAGGGCCCACACCAACAUUGCCAUUUUCUGUGAGACCAGGGCCGAGUGGGUCAUAGCCGCACAGGCGUGCUUCAUGCAAAACUUCCCAUUGGUCACUCUGUACUCUACCCUUGGGGGUCCGGCCAUUACUCACGGUCUGAACGAGACAGAGGUUAGUCACAUCAUCACCAGCAGAGAGCUACUGGAGACCAGACUCAAGUUCAUCCUGCUGGAGGUGCCCAGGCUGCAGCACAUCAUUGUGGUGGAUGACACGCCCACCAAGUGGCCUGGUUACCCACGAGGCAUCAGUGUCCACAACAUGGCUACCGUACAGGAGCUGGGGACCAAGCUUGAGAAUGGUAAACACACAGUGUCUCGUGGGCGUAAACAGCCCAUGCCCUCUGACAUCGCUGUCAUCAUGUACACCAGCGGCUCCACUGGCGUCCCCAAGGGCGUCAUGAUCUCCCAUAGCAACAUCAUUGCUGGCAUCACUGGCAUGGCAGAAAGGAUCCCCAACCUGGGUGAGGAUGACACCUACAUCGGGUACCUCCCCCUGGCCCAUGUGUUGGAGCUGAGUGCAGAGCUGGUGUGUGUGGCUCACGGCUGCAGGAUCGGCUACUCCUCCCCCCAGACGCUAGCGGACCAGUCAACAAAGAUUAAAAAGGGCAGCAAAGGAGACACCAGUGUUCUGCAGCCUACUCUAAUGGCAGCUGUACCGGAGAUUAUGGAUCGUAUCUAUAAGAAUGUGAUGACCAAGGUGGAGGAGAUGAGCAGUGCUCAGAGGACUCUGUUCACUCUGGCCUACAACUACAAGCUGGAGCAGCUCUCCCAAGGACGCAGCACGCCACUGUGUGACAACCUGGUGUUUAAGAAGGUUCGGUCCCUCUUGGGGGGGAAGACCAGGGUGCUGCUGUCGGGCGGGGCACCCCUCUCUGCCGCCACCCAGCGCUUCAUGAACGUGUGCUUCUGUUGCCCCGUGGGCCAGGGCUACGGCCUCACUGAGACCUGCGGCGCUGGCACCAUCAGCGAGAUGUGGGACUACAGCACAGGGCGAGUUGGAGGACCGCUCAUUUGUUCUGAAAUCAAGCUCAAGGAUUGGGUGGAGGGUGGCUACCACAGCACAGACACACCCAACCCACAAGGUGAGAUCCUGAUUGGCGGGCCCAACGUAACCAUGGGUUACUACAAGAAUGAGGCCAAGAACCAGGACUUCUUUGUGGACGACAACGGCCAGCGCUGGUUCUGUACGGGAGACAUAGGAGAGGUCCAUCCUGAUGGAUGCCUCAAGAUCAUUGAUCGGAAGAAGGACCUGGUUAAGCUCCAGGCAGGAGAGUAUGUGUCUCUGGGGAAGGUGGAGGCCAUGCUGAAGAACUGCCCCCUUAUAGACAACAUCUGUGCCUACGCCAACAGUGAAGAGAUGUACGUGAUUGGCUUUGUGGUGCCCAAUCAGAAGCACCUGCUGUCACUAGCGGAGCAGUAUUGUAUCCGGGGCUCGUGGGAGGAGCUGUGUAACAAUGCUGCCAUGGAGGGAGUGGUCCUGCAGGUGAUCACUGAGGCUGCCCUAUCAGCCCAGCUGGAGCGGUUUGAGAUCCCCCGUAAGAUCCGUCUGAGCCCCGACCCCUGGACCCCCGAGACGGGCCUGGUGACCGACGCCUUCAAGCUCAAACGCCAGCAGCUGAAGAGUAAGUACCAGGACGACAUCGAGAGAAUGUACGGCGGGAAGUAGGACCAGACCAGAACCUCUCCAUGCACAGAUCCAGCAUCUGCCUCAAGCCUCCAAGCUUUUAGCUCCAUCCUCCUAUCCCCACCAGACCCCCAUCCCGGACGAGCCUCCAGAAGCACUCAAUUUACUUGAAUCUACUUUGUUCUAAUGAGACCAAAAAAGAUAGAAAGAAAGAUAGAGGGAGAGAAAUAGAGAAACAGAUUGAGAAAGAUAGAGGGAGAGAAAUAGAGAAACAGAUUGAGAAAGAUAGAGGGAGAGAAAUAGAGAAACAGAUUGAGAAAGAUAGAGGGAGAGAAAUAGAGAAACAGAUUGAGAAAGAUAGAGGGAGAGAAAUAGAGAAACAGAUUGAGAAAGAUAGAGGGAGAGAAAUUAGAGAAACAGAUUGAGAAAGAUAGAGGGAGAGAAAUAGCGAUAUCAAAGAGAGGAGGCUGUGUUGCAAUAUUUCUACUGUUCCUUCAUUCGAUUAAAUGGCUUUGCUUAAAAAUGUGAAUCAAUAGACAAUAAAUAAAGCACUGAAGACUGUUAGAGAGAAGGAUUAGUUAGGAGAGAGUAAGUAAAGAGUGUUGUUGGAACACCCUAAUAUCUCCAUGUUCAUUCCACUUCUUGCCCAUGUUCAUUCCACUUCUUGCCCAUGUUCAUUCCACUUCUUGCCCAUGUUCAUUCCACUUCUUGCCCAUGUUCAUUCCACUUCUUGCCCAUGUUCAUUCCACUUCUUGCCCUCUUUGGAGAUGGUUUUCCUCCAGAUGUGAGUUGUGAAACAGGACAGAUAAGGUCAUGUUGCCUGUUGAUCUCUCUCUCUCUGUGUGUGUGCGCGCGACAAGGACAAGAACUGGAGGAGAAACAGCACAUUUUCCAUUGCCUGUUGAGCUCAUGUCUGGUCGUGGUCCCAUGUGGCUCAGUUGGUACAGCAUGGCAUAUGCCUGGAUUGUGGGUUUGAUUCCAACGGUGGACCAGUACCAAUGAAAAUGUAUGCACUCACUACUACUAAGUCGCUCUGGAUAAAAUCGUCUGCUAAAUGACUAGUGAGUGUUGUUCACCGUUAUUGAAGCACAAGCUCAGGUUGGUUGGAAAACGUUGUUUUAACACCAAUGCCCUUCUGUCUGAGGGUGUCAGGAAUGCUAAGCCAUGAGAGCCUGUCGAGUGUAAGUACCAUUAACAUUGCAAUUAAUAGCUGUUAUUUAAUUAUUUGUUUUUCUCCUUUAAUUCUGUGAUUCUGUCCACAUUAGUCUAGAGUCCUCAUUGGCUGAUUCUCUCUACAAGUUCCAAAUCCAGGGCUCCUCGUUGGCUAUUUCUCAGCCCUGUUCCUGAAGCCAGGUUUUUCAGUUGCUUAUUCUCUGGUUUAUUUCAGAACCUAGUUCUGCCCGGAGACUAGUCUUAUUUCCUGCAGGGCAGGAAGCAACUAGCUGUCGUCGUUUCUUUUUGUUGUGGUUGUUCUGUUUAGUUGAUCCUGAUUCUCCUGCUUAGUGAGGCUUUAGCACUGUGAUUUCUAUUAGAUUCCCAUCUGCCGAUCUGAUCCUACAGGCACAAAGUCAACAGAAGGUUCCGAGAGGCUAAGACAAUGACUUGUGCCCAUGGGGAAAUGUGUGUUGUGGCUAGGGCAGGGAAAUGUUGAGUCUCUGCACCUAGGAAAAAAAAAACUUUUGAGGUGAAUAUACACGACGUGGACAAAAGUAUGUGGACACCUGCUCGUCGAACAUCUCUUUCCAAAAUCAUGGGCAUUAAAAUGGAGUUGGUCGCCCCCUUUGCUGGAAGGCUUUCCACUAGAUGUUGGAACAUUAAUGCUCGGACUUCCAUUCAGCCACAAGAGCAUUACUGAGGUCGGAACUGAUGUUGGGCGAUUAGGCCUAGCUAGUAGUCGGCAUACCAAUUCACCACAAUGGUGUUCAAUGGGCUCUGUGCAGGCCAUUCAAGUUCUUCCACUCCAUUCUUGACAAACCAUUUCUGUAUGGACCUCGCCUUGUGCACGGGGGCAUUGUCAUGCUGAAAUAGGAAAGGGCCGUCCCCAAACUGUUGCCACAAAAUUGUAACCACAGAAUGGUCUAGAAUGUCAUUGUAUGCUGUCGCGUAAAGAUUUCCCUUCACUGGAACUAAGGGGCCUAACCCGAACCAUGAAAAACAGCCCCAGACCAUUAUUCCUCCUCCACCAUUGGCAACUCUAGCAGGCCAGAUAUUUGACGAACUGACUUGUUGGAAAGGUGGCAUACCUAUCACGGUGCCACGUUGAAAAUCACCGAGCUGGGCCAUUCUACUGCCAAUGUUUGUUUAUGGAGAUUGCAUGGCUGUGUGCUCAAUUUUAUAAUUGAAUAUAUAUAUGUGGCUGAAAUAGCCGAAUCCACUAAUUUGAAGGGGUGACAACAUACUUUUGCCCAUGUGGUGUAUGUAUUUCAGAACUAUUCCCUUGCCAUUUCUGUCAUUAAUACAAUUGUUAUUAUUUAUGAUAAUGCCAAUUAAUAAUACUCUUGUCAUAAACUCAUAAUGUUUGUAAGAAAUAUGUAGAUUGGUGAAUACCAUUUUCUUUCAGUGGUAGAAAACAUAUUUGUACUCUGUUAUAGGUGUGCACUUACGUGAACCACACAUUCGCUAAUGUAAAUGCUGUCGUUCUAGAACCACUGCCAUGCUUGGAGUAAACAGUAUGCCAUAUGAUAAUAUAACAUCUGGACCAAACUAAGGUGGGAUUACUUGGCCGACGGCAAGAAGAGAUGCACGCAAAACACUUCCGUACAACAUUUGAGAAUUUAAAGAUUUUAGUUAAGAGCACAGCUUCAGCAUUUAUUUGUGUGUGUGUGUGUGUGUGUGUGUGUGUGUGUGUGUGUGUGUGUGUGUGUGUGUGUGUGUGUGUGUGUGUGUGUGUGUGUGUGUGUGUGUGUGUGUGCACUCGCGUGCGCUCUCUCGUACCUAAAUGGCACAAACAUUGCUCUGUAGAACAUCAUUCCACACAUGACACCUGUUGCCUUUUCUUGUGAUUUCAAGUGGAUAACUACAUAUAGGAAAUAUUUUAAUAACAAUGCUGUACACAGUAAUGAAAUAUAUAGUUUCUUGACAGUAUGUGUUACUGUAACCCAGAAUAACAUGCAUUUCGGAUGUUUUCCUGUAUACUGUACCCACAGUAUAUGAGGUGCAGUGAUCACUCAAAAAUGAAUAUGUUAAAUCUAUUGAAGCUUUAUAAUAUAGACCCGUUUUGGAAAUCCUCUCCCUGUUUGUCUGGGGAAUCUGCCUUGUAACAUAAGUGCAUCAAUUGUAUUUAUAAGUAAUUUGCCUUGGAAUUGAUUACAUGAAGAAAUAAAUAAAGAUUGUGUUUGGUCUAUCA